UGUUAAUGUGUUUUUUAUUAUCCACACCUCAGAAAAUGCAAGCUCAAAACAGAAGACUUCUUCGGAUCGAAUGGUGCCUAAGAGUCGUAAUUUCUACUAGUGACUAAUGGUAAAACAUCCUUUCAGUGAGAUGUUGUUUUAAGAACACACCUAGAUGUGAGAAGAAAUAAAUUGGAAUUCAAUCGGGGUCAUCUCAUUGAAGUGAUGAGGUGUAGUAAUCCGUAACGAAUCAAUAAAAGUAUUCAUGAGGUACGAACAACUUAAGGACAUUGUGAAACCUUGAAUUCAAGAAAGGAGUGUGAUUGAUUCAUUUCUAAAGCAUAUAGAAACUAGGAAAUUACGCUACGAUGGAGGUUUUUCAAACCGAGAAUUAUUACAUCUUUGUUCGCAAGGAAAAAAGUUUAUGGUGGAAUCGAUCGACUUCUGAGUUCCAAAUCAAAUGUGGUUGGGAUCUGUCCUCGGUGGAUGAUAUAGAAUGUAUUGGCGUAACGCACGGAAUCAUUGGCACGAUAGUACUGCAGGGUGUUCUGGAGCCACAUUUAAUUAUUAUCAAAGAAGCAGUUCCUGUGGGAGUUUUAUAUGCCCCACAUUUGGUGUACAAAAUCAAAAGCAUAUGUAUAUUGGGUUCCGACGAACCAGACACUAUACUGUUAGGUUGUCCGAAGCACAAUACGGCAACAAGUAUUAAGACAGUGCCUAGCUUAGCAGCAGGGACGUCAGCACAAGGAACGGUGAAUCAGAACACUUCCUCGCCUAGAACUCGUCUGUUCGAAAGUUCGGCACUUGUUAAUAAAACAUGGGGAGCAGUAAAAAGUGCUGGAAGCACAAUAAAGAAUACGACGGAGAAAGCGGCAGCGAUUGCUUCCAAUCAGGUGAAAUCCACCGUGGGAAUGGUGGUGAAGGAUCCCAUUCGGAUAGAAAAACGAGUGAUGGACGAAUUACAUCGAAUUUUUGACGAUAGUGAUAGUUUCUAUUAUAGCUUAGACUGUGAUAUUACUAACAACCUUCAGCGUUAUGGCGAAGCGCCAGAUGAUCGAUUCUACUGGAAUCUCAACAUGUUGAAUGAUAUAAUUAAAUUGAACGAUGCCAGCUGGGUUCUCCCGGUGGUUCAAGGCUUUGUUCAGGUUGAACAGUGUGUGAUUGGUAAUGAAUGCUUCACGCUUGCACUCGUUUCGCGAAGAUCACGAUAUCGAGCAGGUACCCGGUAUAAAAGGCGCGGCGUGGAUGAAGAUGGCCACUGCGCAAACUAUGUUGAAACUGAGCAAGUGCUCUCACUUCGCCAGCAUCAGAUUUCGUUCACACAAAUACGCGGAUCUGUGCCAGUAUACUGGAGUCAACCUGGUUACAAAUAUAGACCUCCUCCUAGGCUGGAUCGAGAUGAAAAUGAAACUCAUCUCGCCUUUGAGAAACAUUUUAAUGAAGAACUGAAAAUAUACAACUCAGUUUGUGUUAUCAAUUUAGUUGAACAAAAUGGGAAGGAGAAAGUUAUUGGAGAUGCUUACGCUAAUCAUGUUAUGCGUUACAACUCUGAUAAACUCAUCUAUGUAACUUUUGAUUUCCAUGAGUAUUGUCGAGGAAUGCGGUUUGAGAAUGUAUCUUCGCUGAUAGAGGCAUUAGCUCCGGAGGCAGGAUCAAUGGGCUUUCAUUGGCGGGAUAACAACGGCCCAAUUUGUAACCAAAAAAGUAUUUUCCGCGUUAAUUGUAUGGAUUGUUUGGACCGCACCAAUGUUGUACAAACCGCCAUCGGCAAAGCGGUACUUGAAUCGCAACUAGUAAAAUUGGGACUGGCGCCGCCUUACUCGCAACUUCCAGAUCAGCUGAAAAUUCCAUUCAUGAUAUUAUGGGCCAAUAAUGGGGAUAUAAUUAGCAGGCAGUACGCUGGGACCAAUGCAUUGAAGGGAGAUUAUACACGAACCGGUGAACGCAAAAUUAGUGGUAUUAUGAAGGAUGGAAUGAAUUCCGCUAACCGAUACUUUAUACAACACUUUGCCGACUCGUUUCGCCAAAGCUGUAUCGAUAUGAUGCUUGGCAAUUUGGUCGACUUUGAGCCUAUCGUGGAAGAUGAUCCGUUGGAUGUGUUGGUAGGCAUUGCGUCGGAUGCUCUAGUUCCAUCGCGUAAUGCUCCAUUGGGAUACUAUAACUAUGGCGUAAUGCAUGCCGAACACGUUCUACUAGAAGAGCUGCUUUGUAGUAUCAGCUAUUAUCUGGCUCGCUUCAAAGAUACCUAUCGUCAGGCCACAAUCGAUAUGAUGUUGGGAAAUGCUGUCUCGGCGGAGUCUGUGAACGCUCUCGGUGGACAAGCCGGUGCCGUAGAUGAAACCGAUGCAUUGGAAGGAGCCGAGCAUGCCAGACUUCUAGUAGAGGAUUGUCGACGUUUAUUGUUGGGAACCACACAGCUACCAGUGGGAGCUUGGGGAUUAAUCGAUGCCGAUCCGAGUAGCGUAGAAGAAAACACAUGUGAUCCAAACGAAACCGAAGUGGAUACUAUUCUAAUACUGACGGACGACUGUUACAUUGUGGCGGAGUAUGAUUCUCAUCUUGAUAAGAUUGUGCGUUUUGAAAACGUUUCGUUGGAUAACAUUACGUUGAUUGAACUGGGCCUGUUCCAACAUAACAAGAUGUUCCAGGGAACGGCACCGGCCCAUCUCUGCAUUCGUCUGAACUAUGCCGUGGAUAACAUUGAUGGGUACUUCCAUAUGUUUCGUUCGCCGUACAUUCGAUUCUUUAAUAAUGUGGCUCUAGUAAUCAAGAAGACCGAGGAAAUUACCGAGUCUCUAACCGCCAUUGUUGAUCUCUUCCGGAUUGCACUUGAAAAUCGCGGUCUCCACGUACCUCUUCAGUGUGGUGGAAGCUUACAGCGGAGAAAAAGCCGAACACUUCUUUCGGUCCCACAAGGCAUUCCGAGGAAUCUCUCCGAAUCACAGCUGGUUCAAAUGGGCUCGAAGGCUCUAAGCAAUGUGGCAGGGCAAUUUUCCAAAAUAGGUCAAAGCUUGAAGCCAGCGAAAAUUGGACGUUCUUCCGCAGAGAAAAAAGACAAAAUGACGACUCCUAUGCCAUACGUACAUACUGGACAAAUAACUGAUGAGGCGGAACGAAGCCGAUUUAUAGUAGGUUCAAGAAGUUCUAGUUUGAAAAAAUCGGAAGGUUCGAGCUCUGAAUCGGAAGAAGCGGACGCCAGUGAGGGUGAAUUGGUGCAGGAAAAUCAACUUUUCAAUGAAAAUGUUUUCCUGCCUUCGGUAGGCAUUGUGAUGGGUGGAACAGGUGCUAGUGCUGCUGAUGAUAAUUCAACAUCCAUGUUGGAGGAAAAAGAUAGCAUCGCGAAGAUGCCAUCUGAUGUUUCCACGAUGUCUAUAUCCUCUGUGACCGAUCAUAUAAACAUGCCGGCGGGGAUGUUGGAAUGUGCAUCGCCUAUUAAAGGUCGUAGUCCAACACCGGAGAUUCGCGUGGAUGGUUCUGAGCGUAACGCGAAAACCGAAGAAAAGAUCGAAAGAGAUCUAACACUCAACCUUACGAGCAAUCAAGGCGAUAAUGCAUUGAGACAAUUGAAGAAAAUAACCAGCCCGCUUUCCAACAUUGGCAAGGGCUUGCAGACGUUGGGCGCCAAUCUCGAUCCCAGAAAAAUUGCUGUCAAGACACCUGUUCGACCAACACGUAGUAUCGAGACGCCGACAGCAGAUAUAAAAAGAUUGGAGGAGAAAUGGGAUAAGUCUAAAUGUCGCAGUAAAUUAAUCGCUUUGUAAAAGGGAUAUCAUCUGGGUUGCUCAUCCUGCGAGUUGAUUGGAAAUGCGAAUUGCUUCUGCUUCCAUUCAGCACAAUUGUUUGAGGGGAUCGACGAAUUUUCCCGUGUAGAUUGGAAACUAUGUUUUGUUGGGCAAAGGUAGCUAGUGCAUUAUGUUUUACGAGCUUAAAUAUGAUAUGUGUCUUUCGAUUCAACCAAAACGUAUUUUAUAGAAGCAUUUGAUUUUGUGUUGUGUACGAGAAAUUUUAAAACGUUCCGAUCAGCUGUUAAUCAGGUUACACCAAAGAUCUGUAUUUUUCGUAUUUUAUGUGUAGAAGAUUAAACCAUUCCUGUUGAAGUAUUUUGUAGCAUAUUUUGGCGAAACAUUUUAGCAUAACGAGCAUUAAAAAUAUUUGCAGUACAGGAACAAUUAUAAAUAGUAAUUACCUCACAUCCGAUUAAAGUGAAACUUCAUUCUCUCUGUUUGUAUUACAAUUUUUCUUUUCACAAAGAUCAGCAUUUCAUGUCACGAAAAAUAGGAUUUAACAUUUGACAAAAUUUGGUUUCUUUCAAAACACUAUAAUACACAUAUUUCUUUUUGGUCAGGUUAAAAAUACAAAUGACAACAGCUAACACUGAUAGGAAAAUGGCAUAAAUCGAAGUGAUACAAACGCGAAGCGUCAUCGCUUCGCUGGGGACACAUUAUUACCAAAGUCAAUUAUAUUAACGUAUUAUUAACAUCAAUAGAAAAAUAUGAAAAAUAUGAAAUGCACGUUUUCAUGCCGUUGCCGUUGCAAGCCAGUUAGAUUCUCAGAACCCAACUGAUGCUGGUGCUUUGAAUUAAUAAAAAAACAAGAUGCUUCUAGCGCAAUUGUAAUACAUUCAAAGGCUCAUGCAGGCUUAUUUGUAGAAUGGUUAACAACACCAAAAAAAAAAAAAAGACCAGAUUAUUGAUAACAUUACGCAAAUCAGUAUUGUCAGUUUAGCGGAUUCACUGUAUGUAAUCAAAUAAUAGAAUAUUCAUGCAAAAGCAAUACCCGCAUUAUAG